CUCCCCCGCAGUGACACCAGCAAGCGGUGAGCCUCCGUGGGCUCCGCUGCCGAGGGCGUGAGCUGAACUCCUACAGCUGGCCCCAGCUGAUAAGGCAGGAAUGGGGGAAGGGCGGCAUUGAGGCUCGGCCAGGUGAUGUUCUCUACUCCACCCGGGGAGGGGGGACGAAGCUUGGAGAAGUUUAACACCCCCAUCCAGGGGCGGGAGCCCAGCCUCUGGCAGCUCCCACAUCCGCCCGUGUGCCCUGCGAGGAGUCCUCAAGCCCACACCCCAGGGUGCCUCAUGGGUCCCCACUAAACCCUUCUAACUGCUGUCUGUGCCACAGGGAAGCCUCUCCAGGCUGUAGCUGUACUGAAGUGAGGGUCCUUGUACAGGAUCCAAGGCCUGGGGCCUGGCCCCACCUAGCUCCGGCCACAUCCUCUCAGGUCAGGGGCCUACAGGCCUGGAGUGGGGGGUGUGGAGCCAGAGUCACCCAAUCCCACAGGGACAGGUUUCACAACUUCCCGGAUGGGGCUGUGGUGGGUCACAGUGCAGUCUCCGGCCAAGAGAAUGGGGUGGCUCCUAUUCUUGCUGCUUCUGACACCAUCCUUGGAGGCCCCUGGGCAGCGCCCGCUGCUGAAUGACUUCCAGGUGCUUCGGGGCACAGAGCUGCAGCACUUGUUACACGGAGUAGUUGGGUCUUGGCAGAAGGAUGUGCUGGAUGCCGAAGAGUGUGCUAAGCGCUGCGGGCCCCUCCUGGACUGUCGUGCCUUUCACUACAACAUGAGCAGCCUCAGCUGCCAGCUGCUGCCAUGGACCCAGCACUCGCCUCACACAAGGCUGCUGCGUUCUGCGGGCUGUGAUCUCUUCCAGAAGAAAGACUAUGUUCGGACCUGCAUUAUGGACAAUGGGGUCAGGUACCGGGGCACCGUGACCAGGACAGUAGGUGGCCUGCUCUGCCAAAGCUGGAAUCUCAAGUUCCCCAAUGACCACAAAUAUAAACCCACACCCCAGAAUGGCCUGGAAGAAAACUUCUGCCGCAAUCCUGAUGGGGACCCCGGAGGUCCUUGGUGCUACACGACAGACUCUACAGUGCGCUUCCAGAGCUGUGGCAUCAAGUCCUGCAGGGAGGCUGCCUGUGUUUGGUGCAAUGGCGAGGACUAUCGCGGUUCGGUGGACCACACAGAGUCCGGACGUGAGUGCCAGCGCUGGGACCUGCAGCACCCGCAUGUGCACCCCUUUGAGCCUGGCAAGUUCCUGGACAAAGAUCUGGAUGACAACUACUGCCGGAAUCCUGAUGGCUCUGAGAGGCCCUGGUGCUACACCACAGACCCGGAGCUCCCUCGAGAAUUCUGCGAUCUCCCCAGCUGCGGGCCUGAGGUACAGCCGCCGCACGAAGCCAUGACGUUCCACUGCUUCCAAGGGAAGGGUGAAGGCUACCGGGGCAUCGCCAACACCACCACUGCGGGCGUGCCCUGCCAGCGCUGGGACUCACAGAGCCCGCACCAGCACAGAUUCCUGCCGGAGAAAUAUGCCUGCAAGGACCUCCGGGAAAACUUCUGCCGGAACCCUGAUGGCUCAGAGGCCCCCUGGUGCUUCACAUCGAGGCCUGGUAUGCGCGUGGCCUUCUGCUACCAGAUCCCGCGCUGCGCCGAAGACGUCCGGACAGAGGAUUGCUACCAUGGCUCUGGGAAGCAGUAUCGAGGCUUUGUCAACAAGACCCGCAAGGGUGUCCCAUGCCAGCACUGGUCUGCUGAAACCCCGCACAAGCCACGAUUCACACCCGCCUCUGCCCCGGAUGCUCAACUGAAGGAAAACUUCUGCCGGAACCCAGAUGGAGACAGCCACGGGCCCUGGUGCUACACUACUGACCCAGGGACCUCCUUCGACUACUGUGCCCUGCAUCGAUGCAAUGAUGACCCACUACUGUCCAUCCUGGACCCGCCAGACCAGGUGCAGUUUGAGAAGUGUGGCAAGAGGCCAGACAGGCCGAACCAGUGGCUCUCCAAGCUGCGCAUGGUGGGGGGCCACCCUGGGAACUCACCCUGGACAGUCAGCUUGCACAACAGGUCGUGUAUGUGUUUCAGGACUCACUGUCCCUUCAAACGUCCACUCCCCCAGGCAGGGCCAGCAUUUCUGCAGUGGGUCCCUAGUGAAGGAGCGGUGGGUACUGACGGCCCGGCAAUGCUUCUCGUCCUGAACCCACAGCCGGAGGAGCCAGACCUGCAGCGGGUCCGCGUGGCCAAGAUGGUCUGUGGGCCCUCCGAUUCCCAGCUGGUCCUCCUCAAGCUGGAGAGCCCUGUGACCCUGAACCAGCGUGUGGCCCUGAUCUGCCUGCCCCCUGAGCGCUACGUGGUGCCUCCAGCAACGAAGUGUGAGAUUGCAGGCUGGGGUGAGGCCAAAGGUACAAGUCAUGACAGGGUCCUAAACGUGGCCUUGCUGAAUGUCAUCUCCAACCAGGAGUGUAACGUCAAGUACCGAGGGCGUGUUCGGGAGAGUGAGAUGUGCACCAGGGGAAUGAUGGCUCCUGUAGGGGCCUGUGAGGGUGACUACGGGGGCCCACUUGCCUGCUUUACCCAUGACUGCUGGGUCCUGGAGGGAAUUAUAAUCCCCAACCGAGUGUGUGCACGGCCUGGCUGGCCAGCCAUCUUCCUACGUGUCUCUGUGUUUGUGGACUGGAUUCACAAGGUCAUCCAGCUGGGCUAGGCCUUCCUGGGUCCCUUGCCUUGAGGAGGACAAAAGUUCUGGUCAGACAUAAAGCCACCUUUCCUCUUUA